AAGGGUGUGUACGCAAAGCACCACCCUCUUCCCCCCUGUCCACCGUGGCAGCGAGCUGUUUGGCAGUCGCUCGUUCUCUCACUCACACUCAUUCACUCUUCAGUGAACACGCAGAAUAUUCAAAAGUUGGGCUAAAGUCUGCUGCACUUCCAGGAGCCUCUCUGAGACAUCCAGCGCUAGGAACUCUCUCGUGGACGUCGGACCUCUCUCAGACGCACACACACACACACACUCUCUCUCUCUCUCUCUCUCUCUCUCUCUCUCUCUCUCUCUCUCUCUCCCUCUCACUCUCUCACUCACCACAUCCUCUUCUGACAGAGAAGACACAAGACCCUCCAGCAGCACCUCCACAGCCAGCCUCUUCGCCCAGGAUGUGGGCUCUUUUCGUCGGGCUCACCUUUGGAUUACUGGCCUCCGCCAGGUCAGACACAACCGCAGUAAAGUCUCGCAGUUGCAGUCACGUUGGUGUGUUCCACGUGGAAGGCCUUGAUCGCUACUUGCUUACUUAUGGCGAUGCCAAGGCCUUGUGCCUCAGUCUGGGGGCUGAAUUGGCAACGGAGGAUCAGCUGCGUACUGCCUACGCCAGCAAGAUGGAGACCUGCAGGUAUGGGUGGACUGCCAAUAUGAGCAUUGCCAUUCUGCGACACACACCACACGAAAAAUGCUACUUGAACCAGACUGGCUUCGGCACCAGGGCAGUAAACUCAACUGAGCUAUCGGAUGCUUUCUGCUAUAAUGACUCAGAUGUGUCUUCCCGUAACUGCGAGAAUGCCAUCAACCCCUUAUCCACAAAACCAGACAGCAAUGAUACCACAGCCACUGCGGCACCAUCCUCAGAUGUGGGAGCAGAGAUAACAUACAGCCCUGAUGAAGCUACAGGCGUGACCGAGUCAGAACCAGACUUACUGGGGGGCCACGGCGACCUGACCACCACCGAGGAACCGGACCAGCACUUCGAGCCCACGCUGGACGUGAUGGAGACAGACGCACCUACGCAUGUCCCCGAACUCAACACUGACGUGGGUGUGAUCGCCGAGAGGGGAUUCAACAACUCUGAGGAGGCCUUGGACGGCGACCAGGUGACCAGGCCGACUGAGGUGACCCGCCUCAUGCUGCCGGACGACUCCACGGGGUCUGGGAUCCUGCCCUCCUCUGAGGAGAGUUUCACUAUCGCUAGCGACGCCCCGCUAGAGGAGGUGAAGACAGCCGAGCCAGAGGUGGAGCGGCCACCAGUAGCCCAGCCAGAACCCCAACCAGAGCCCAAACCAGAGAGUAACACAGAGUCUGUCCGUCACGGCAGGAAAGUGGAGCAUAAUGGAGAGCCGGAGGAGAAGGAGGGCAAUGAUUGGUUGGUCAUUAUCGGAGUGGUGGUGGCAAUCGCAGCCAUUGUGCUGGUUUGUGCCGCUGUUGCAACCAGGAAAAGAUGGUGUGGAAAGCACCAGACGCUGAACAUCAGCAAGAACAGCGCGGAGGGCAACGGCGCGGCAGCCGCCGUGGUGGGCUCCCGCGCGGAGGAGCGCGAGCAGGAGAUGGUGACGCUCAUGAACAAGGAGAAGAUCCAGGAGAACGGCAACGCCGAAGAGUUCACCGGCAUUACCGUGGAGGGCUCCUCGGAGAAGGCGUGAAGGGACGGGUGGGACCUAGGCUGAGCAGGAGCAAGAGCAAGAGAGAGCAAGAGAGAGAGAGAGAGAGAGAGAGAGAAAGAGAGAGAGAGAGAAGGAGUGUGUAGGGAAGGCAGCUAGAAGGCGGGGUCACAUGCUGUUGUGGUGAAGCAGAGGGACGAGGAGAGGGAGAGCGGAUAUGCUGAGCCUGAAACCGAAACCUGAGGCUGCCCACCAGCUUGUGCUGUUUCUGCUUGUGUUCACACACACAUUGUAUGUUUGCCUCUGUGUGUGUGUGUGUGUGUGUGUGUGUGUGUGUGUGUGUGUGUGUG